GACGAUAUCUAAACCUAACGUGGACCCACAACGGCCCAAUGCCCCAAUACCGGUUUGGAGGAGAAUAGACUGGAUGCGAGCCUGGUCCGAGAGAGGAGAGAGAGAGACCUAACGUUGCCAUUGGAGUCUCCGACUUCCUCUGCCUCCCAUCAGCUCAGGAACUCAAUCACUGUGAUUAGGUCAUCGGCUCUGCUCAAGUUUUUUGGGGGAGAGCUAACAUGAGCUUGGGUGGUUCUUCUAUGGGUUCUGGUAGUACAACAGUAAGAAGGGCAUUUGAGUUUGGAAGGACCCAUGUUGUUAGGCCUAAAGGAAAACACCAAGCCACUGUUGUCUGGCUUCACGGACUCGGUGAUAAUGGUGCCAGCUGGUCCCAACUGUUGGAGACACUUCCUCUUCCAAAUAUUAAAUGGAUAUGCCCAACUGCUCCUUCUCAACCAAUAUCUUUGUUUGGUGGUUUUCCUUCUACUGCUUGGUUUGAUGUAACAGAACUAUCGGAAAAUGCUCAAGAUGAUUUAGAGGGUUUGGAAGCAUCAGCCGCACAUGUUGCUAGUUUGUUAUCAACGGAGCCCACUGACAUUAAGCUUGCAGUUGGAGGUUUCAGUAUGGGUGCGGCAAUAUCUCUCUACUCUGCAACUUGCUUCGCUCUUGGAAAAUACAAUAAUGGCAAUCCCUACCCAGCUAAUAUAAGUGCAGCUGUUGGACUAAGCGGCUGGGUUCCGUGCUCAAAGACAUUGAAUAGUAGGUUGGAAGGGAAAGAUGAGGCUGCAAGGCGAGCUGCAUCCUUGCCUAUUCUGCUUUGUCAUGGGAAAGGCGAUGAUGUGGUUCCUUUUAAAUUUGGUGAGAGAUCUGCAAAGGCUUUAAGCUCAUCUGGAUUUGGAGAUGUGACAUUCAAAGUCUAUAAUGGGCUCGGCCACUAUACGACUCCUGAAGAGAUGGAUGAUCUAUGCACUUGGUUUAAUUCAAAGUUGGGACUUGAAGGGCGUUCGUAAUUUGGCAGAAUAUGAAGACGAGAGUAGUUGGGGGGGAAAUAUUAGAAGGCUGCAACCGCGAUAUUCUAGAUGUGAGCUACAUGUUACAUUGAAUCCCCAAUCUGGAAUUCCGUUUAUGAUUUUUAUGUUGGCCUUGUUCGCUGAUCUCUUUGGACCUUUUGUAUUGAUGGAGCCGAUGAUUGUCUGUGACAUCGUUUGUCAAGAUGCACUUGGAUGUUUUUAUGGGCCAUUCAAUUUGAACGCAAAUGGCUGAAAGUAGCAAAAUAUGCAUGAGAUUUUCUGCA